AUGAAAUAUCAUUCAAUCAUUAUCAUCUUUGUACUAGUGACCCAAUCGAUUGCAUAUGCAAGCGAUAUUUCAUUCAAUACAAAUAUAAAUUGUACCAAUGGAUGUAGCUUCUCAGAUAGAGAUAAUUGGGUUGGUGGUGUUAAACCAGGUCAAAACGACAAUGUUAUCAUUGACAUGUCUAGUAGUGAGUUUGCAUCGACCAUCAUCAUAAUGACUGGUCCAUCACAACUAAACUUUAGAUCUUUAAAUGUCAUUUGUAACGAUUGGAGCAAGACUUUACUUUUAACUACUACUCCAGAUAUCUACUUGCAAACUUUUAAUUUAGUCGUUAAUGGUACUGUUUCCAUCUCUAUUCACAGUUUUGCUGAAUUCACUGUAGACUCUACUUUAGAUAUUGGUGCCUACUCUAGUAUUUCUGUUGGUGGUGAUCUUACCAGUAACAUCACCAACGCUGAUGCAUACUCUACCAUUACUCUCUAUUCUGGUGCUCAAUUUUCCACCUUGACCAUCGCCUAUUUAAAUGGUUUGAUUGAUGGCCCAUCAGAUAGUCUUGUCGAAAUUGACGGGUAUGUCUCUGUUCAAGGAUCGAUCAAUGUCGGUAUGUUCACCUUUGAAACUGCGUCUGUUACCCACCCUGGUACUCUAAAUGUUGGAAUCAUGUCACCAGUUGGAAACCUAACCAUUUCAUCAGGUGGAUUGGUUACUGUUGGACAAGUCCUUACUGCCUCUUCUAUCAUUGUCGUCGGCAGCUCCACCUUUAACAUCUCCGGACCAACCACCACUUACAGUGCCAUUGAAGCUGUCUAUACCGACUCUACAUCCACCGUCUACAUCUCAUCUGAUCAAGGUACAACCUUGUUGAGAAAUGUCGAAUCUUACGGUACCAUCACUAUCAACGGUGUAUCUGCCUCAAUCUCUAAUGGUAUUAUUGCCUACUUGAACCUAGUUCUCAAACCAGACUCUGCUGAGCAACAACCAAUCACCACUAUCCAAAACACAAAGGUUGGUGUAGUUGUCUGUGACACUGAUGUAUUUGACUCCUCCUCGUACAUCUCCUUAAACUGUGUAGACUAUUGCGAGCUUUCAGAGAUCCAACCACCUGCCUAUAACUUGCAAAUAGGUGUCAGUUCGCCAGGUGGUUUCCUCAACUUGACCAAGUCUGACAUUAGUCUAGCAGGUGGAGGCUCGAGAAUCACCGCCAGCUCCAAAUCUACCAUCAUUUUUAAUAAUACAAUGGUCGAUACUAAUUCUAAUUCUAUCUAUGUUGACACCAACUCGCAAGUCUUAAUCCAAAACUCAAACAUUAAUGGGCCUUUCUUGGUAGACCACUCUACCAUCACUGUCCAUGGUCAAUCGUCGGUUAACAAUAUCGAGAUGACAGCAAGUGUCUUGAAUGUUGUCCAAGGUGUUUUGACCAUUACAACUGACUUGCUUGUCACCCAAGGUUCAACCAUCAACGUCAUCCUACAAUCACUUAUCGUCAACCCAACAAACACCCCAAUCAAUGUUCAUGGCCAAGAUGUGAGCAUUUCACAAUCCAACCUAGUUGUCCAAUCCUCUGCCAAUACUAUUGCAGACCCAGACACUCUCUACUAUGUAAUGGCUUCUCCAAAAUACAUUGACGUUCCAUUCUCCAACUGUACCUUUACUCCAAUACAAUCUUCACUCACUACUCCAAACUUUACCGAAUCUUUAUACAAUGAUUAUGUCUAUUUAAUCUUUGAUUUCCAAACUAAUAACUAG